AUGGUUUGCACGAUUUAUUACGGGUAUCUCGAAUUUAUGGAGAAUCCGCUAUUCACUAGCGUCGAAACGGAAUAUUUCCCCACAUACAAAUUAAAUUUUCCAGGCAUAGCGAUCUGCAGCAUCAAUCGAAUAAGUCGUCGAUCGGCGAUGGAGUUGGCAAACGAAAUCUUCACGGCGAAUAUCUCCGAUUUACCCGUCGACGAGAUUCUCAACAUGAUUUCGCAACUGGGCGAUCUUUACGACUCGGAGUUCAAACCGCAAAACCGGUUCUAUCGAAUCGACCAACUUCUCACUGUGUUUUACAAUGGCUAUUACAGCAUCACCGACAUAAUGAAACGAUUGACGCCACAAUGUUCCUCCAUGCUGUCGAAGUGUCGGUUUCAUGACGAGGAACGGAACUGUUCAGAGCUGUUCGCGUUCCGCAAGACGCAGGACGGCUUCUGUUGUACCUUCAAUUACGCGACUAAAGGGGACGACACGCAUUUGAACCGCGAGGUCAGUCACCGAGUGAAAUCGAUGAAGGUGCAAAAUUUGACCGAGAACGGCGGGCUGUCGGUAUUGCUGGAACCGUUUCUGGACGAUUACUUCUACCCUAUUUUCCCGAGCGCCGGCUGGAAGGUGACGAUCUUUAAUCCAUACGAUUAUCCGGACAUGACAAGUGGAGGCGUGAUCGACUUUCUGGUCUCGCCCAGGGUGCACCGGAGCGUCGAGCUAGAGGCAAUCAUGUUCUACAGCAUAAGAAGUAUUAUGUCGUAUGCUCUGGAGAAACGCGAUUGUGUAUUCGAGGAUGAAAUGACCUCCCUUCGAAUGUUUUACACUUACAGCGACUGCAUCGUUGAUUGCAAAACGCAAGAUAUGUGGAAAAUCUGCAGGUGUAUACCUUUCUUUUUACCUAAUCGAGAAUCUAGAAGGGUCUGCAAUUUGGAAGAUGUGCCAUGCUUGUCGCAGCAUAAAUCUACAUGGUUUUCCGUGGUGCCACAUGAAAAUCUAUAUAAUAACGAUGAAAAUAUGGAUAAAACGGAGACGUUGUACUGCUAUAAUUGUUAUCCUGAAUGCAGCCAUGUGAAAUAUAAUGCGAGGAUGGCUAUGUCUGGUUUGGAGUCUAAUCAACACGUUGCCGAAGUUUUAACUGACGUGGAAAUCAAGAAUCAAUCACUGUUGACGAUAUAUUUUAACAACUUUGGUACAAUCAAAUUGAAGCAAGACGUGAUUUAUCGUUGGUACGAAGUUAUGGGUGAAGCUAGCGGUAUUUGCGGCAUCUUCGUCGGUUUCAGCCUGAUCGUGGUCGUCGAGUUCGCUUAUUUUGUCGGGCUGUUCGUACUCGAGCUUUUAAAGGGACCAACUCCGACCGAUGGAAAAUGGGCCGAGAGCGAACAAACGCCAAUACAGUCAAUUUAUUGGGGCGAGUUGAGGUUUAGAGCCGGAAAUUUUAAUCUGAAAGAUGAAGAUCGCAGCGGACGUCCAUCCACCACUGAUACUGACCUUAUCAAGGCCUACCUCGAUGAAAACCCAAGGUCUGGUGUUCGUGAGAUAACAGAUGCUUUAAACAUCCCGCGAACAACGAUUCAUGAGCAUUUGACAAAGCUUGGGUACGUUAAUCGUUACGAAGUGUGGGUCCCCCAUCAACUGACGAAGAGCAAUCUCCUGAAUCGAAUCUCGACAUGCGAUUUGGUAAUUCAACACAAUCAAAGGGAGCCAUUUUUAAAACAGUUGAUUACUGGGGAUGAAAGUUGGGUUCUCUACGACAACACUGCGAUCUUGGUCGAGUAG